AUGAUCGUGUGCCAUAAAAAUGGGACCUGGAUAACGGACUUGGUUUGUCAAGUUCGUACUGAUUGUAAGGAUCACCUUGAGAAAGGUCACACUAAUUCCGGUGUAUACCCGAUUUAUCCUUAUGGUACCGACUCCAGUCCUAUCAACGCUUACUGUGACAUGAUCACAGAGGGAGGCGGCUGGACGGUUAUACAAAAACGAGUGAAUGAAUCCCUGAGCUUUGAGAAGAACUGGGAGGCGUAUAAGAAUGGUUUCGGAACACAGGAACAGAAUGUUUGGAUCGGAAAUGACGUCAUUCAUCGGUUAACAAAGGGAAACAACUCGUCCCUUUAUGUCUCCAUCACUCUCCAGAAUGGUACAAGUCUGUACGAGUUGUACGAAAAGUUCGCCAUUUCUGACGAAACAGAGAAGUAUAAACUAUUUCUGACGGGACCUGCACGGGGAACAUUAGGUGACAGUAUGUUAACUGCAGAUUCCCGCUUUCGGUUGCCUGGGAUGUAUUUUACUACGUACGAUAGGGAUAACGACAGGUCAUCUGAUUAUAACUGUGCUAUAAGGUUUAAAGGGGGCUGGUGGUUUAACAGGUGCUACAACGCCUUUCUGAACGGACCCUUGUCAACUACAGAUUGGGCUUGGCCUUGGAAUCCUAGAGUUAUGAAUGGCACAUCCGUCAGAGAAACAAUGAUGAUGGUCAGACGUCGCUAG